AUGGGAAGUGACAAAUCCUUUAGACAAAGCUCAACCAUCAGUCAACAUCGAAAAAUUUAUACUGGUUCAGGACAGGACAAGUGUAGCAAAUGUGGGAAAUCCUUAACUCACAAGUGCGUUGCUGCUGUGGAGCAGAAGGUGAGGAGACACCCUGUGAAGAAACUGUUCCUGAGCCACAGAUUCCAAGUGUCACAGAAGCCUCUUACUUCUAGGAAAAUCCAGGCCAGUGUGGGACAUCUGCAGCAACAGGCCACUCAUACUGUGGAGAAGCCAAGCAAAAUCACCCAGUGUGGGUCAACUUCACAAGGCAGGAAAAAUCAUCAAACCUGGGGAGAGUGCAAGAAAGCCCUCAGCCCCACACACACACUUGUUCAGGACCGCUGUGUCUACACUGAAAGACGGUGUUUUGUGUGCAGUGAAUGUGGGAAAACAUUCAGGUACAAAUCCGCAUUUGUUAUGCACCUGAGAUUCCACACUAGAGAAAGGCUUCAUGUGUUUAGCAGAAGUGACAAAUCCUUUAGACAAAGCUCAACCAUCAGUCAACAUCGAAAAAUUUAUACUGGUUCAGGACAGGACAAGUGUAGCAAAUGUGGGAAAUCCUUAACUCACAAGUGCGUCCUCAUUUAUCCCCAGAGAUUGCACAGUGGAGAAAACAGUUCUGUGUGCAGUGACUGUGCAAAAUCUUUUCCCCAUAGCUCUGUGUUCAUUCGACAUAAGAGAGUUUUUUCUGGAGAAAGGUUUUAUAAGUGUAGUGACUGUGUGAAAUCUUUUACCUGUAGGUCUGCCCUCAUUUAUCAUCAGAGAUCUCACACAGGAGAAAGGCCUUAUGAGUGCAGUGAAUGUGGGAAGUCCUUUACCACUAACCGCAUUCUCCGUUGUCAUCAGAGAUCUCACACAGGAGAAAAGCCUUAUAAAUGCAGUGAGUGUGGGAAGUCUUUUACCUCUACCAGUGCUUUCCAAUAUCAUCAGAGAGUUCAUUCUGGAGAAAGGCCUUAUGAGUGCAGCGAAUGCGGGAAAUCCUUUACCAGUAUCAGUGCCCUCCGUUAUCAUCAGAGAGUUCAUUCUGGAGAGAGGCCUCAUGAGUGCAGUGACUGUGGGAAAUCUUUUAGGUCUAGGUCUGCCCUCAGAUAUCAUCAGAGAUCACACACAGGAGAAAGACCUUAUAAGUGCAGUGAAUGUGGGAAGGCUUUUAAAACUAGCUCCAACCUCUGUUAUCAUCAGAGAGUUCACACAGGAGAAAGGCCUUAUGAGUGCAAGAAGCCUUAUGAGUGCAGUGAAUGUGGGAAAUCUUUUACCACUAGCUCCACCCUCCGUUAUCAUCGUAGAAUUCAUACUGGAGAAAGGCCUUACAAAUGCACCAAAUGUGGGAAAUCUUUUGCCACUAAUUGCCUCCGUGUACAUCUGAGAAAUCACACCGGAGAGAAGCCUUAUGAGUGCAGUGAAUGUGGGAAAUCCUUUACUAGGAACUCUAGCCUUCAUUAUCAUCAGAUUACUCACACUGGAAAGAAGCCUUAUGAGUGCAGUGAAUGUGGGAAAUCCUUUACCAGCAACUCUAGCCUUCGUUAUCAUCAGAGUACUCACACUGGAAAGAAGCCUUAUGAGUGCAGUGAGUGUGGGAAAUCCUUUACCAGCAACUCUAGCCUUCGUUAUCAUCAGAGGGCUCACACUGGAGAAAGGCCUUAUAAGUGCACUGAAUGUGGUAAAUCUUUUACUCGUAGCUCCACCCUCUAUUAUCAUCAGAGAGUUCACAGUGGAGAAAGGCCUUUUAAGUGCAGUGAAUGUGGGAAAUCUUUUAUUAACACCUCCAAACUGCGUUGUCAUGAGAGAGGUCACACUGGAGAAAGGCCUUAAGAGUGUGCUAAAUGUGGGAAGUCUUUUAUGAGGAAAUCCUUCUGAUGAUUGGAGAGUUUACCCAAGAGAAAGGCAUAGAUGUACAGGGAAUGGGCAAUUUCCUUGUUCAGUAUAGGGGCACAGGAGAAAACUGAGGGGCCAUUGGUCUGAAUUGAAUCUCACCUCAAGUGCUUCUGAGGGCAUGAAUUUUUUUCCCUUACUCAAAUUAGAGAUUAUAGGGUAUUGAGGCACUGUUGAAGGGCGUGUAUUCCCCAAGACUACAGAGAACUAUAUUUCCCAAUGUCCACAAUUCUUUGAGCUAAUGUUGCUAUUUGUAAGACCAUUGGGUCCAGGGGAAACCAUAAUUGGUACAGAAACUCUGGUUUAAUAGGGAGUGGAGGACAUUGCAGCCAACUAGAUGGAAUGUGCCUCUUCUAAAAGUGUAUGCAUAUUCUGUGACGUUGACUGUGCAGGAUCAGUUUAUACACUGAUUCUAGUGAAUUUCACUUCAAGGCCCUUACUGCAGAGGCAGGAAAGAAAGAGAAAAGGGGAUGUGUUUCUUGUGAUCUAGGCAGCUUGCCUGUUGACUCAGGUAGAAAUGUACUUCAUUGCUCUCCAUAUUUGUUACCACUGAGGGAAGACUGAUCCCCAGAGGGCACAAGGAGAGAGUUGGUGGAUUCAGUAUACGGUUGCCAAAGCUAUUUUCCAAAAAGAGUGAGACAUACAGAUGUUUUCAUCUUGAGACAAUUUUUAAAUCUAUAUUAAAGUAUAAUUUACAUGUACUAAACUGCAUAUGUUUGAAGUAUUACAAGUUAAUAAGUUUUCACCUAGGUAUGAACCUCGAAACCAUCACCAGAGUUCUGAUAAUGCCCAUAUUUACCUCAUGUCCUAUUGUCAUCUCUCCUUGCCCUUCCCACCUCUCCAGGUAAUCACUGAUGUACUUUCCCUUAGAAUAGAUACCUUUGCAUUUUUUUGAAUUUAUCUGAUUGGAAUCAUAAGCUGUUUACUGGGUUUUUCUUCUGAGUGCCUUUGUUUCAUAAUUAUUUGAGAUGCAUCAGUGAUAUAAACGACUAGCUCAUCUCUUUAUUUUUUGAUGAGUAGCAUUCUUAUCUGGAUGUACCACUGUUAG